AUGAACUUCGAACUUCCCCCAGACUUGGUCUCCUAUUUGAAGGACCUAGACGAAUUUAUCGACAAGGAAAUCACUCCAUUGCAGGAAUCAAACGAUAAUCAAAGAUUCUUCGACCACCGCAGGGAAGAUGCCCGCACGAACUGGGCUGCAGGAGGUACUCCGACUGAAGAAUGGGAAGAGCUACUAAUCGAGGCCCGACGACGAGCUGACAAGGCCGGGUUUUAUCGCUUCUCCCUACCUAAAAAAUACGGUGGCUCUGAAGGUAGCAGCCUAUGGAUGGCAGUUAUUCGAGAGCAUCUUGCUGCCAAAGGGCUGGGUCUCUUCAACGAUCUUCAGAACGAGGCUUCUGUUGUUGGCAAUUUCCCUGUCGUCGAAAUGUUCCUACAGUUUGGGAACGAGGAUCAAAAGAGGCAGUUCAUCUGGGGACAGUUGAAUGGCCAUGUUUUGAUGACUUUUGGUCUUACUGAACCACAUCAUGGCUCGGACGCUACUUAUCUAGAGACGGCGGCUGUCCGUCAUGGUCGAGUUGGUCAAGCUGGGUGGCUCAUAAAUGGCCAGAAAAUGUGGCAGACGGGGCAGCAUAGAGCGACACAUUGCAUAGUCUUUGCGCGUACUGCUGGGAAAGCAGGUGCGUCUAGUGGGAUCACUGCUUUCAUCGUGCCUGCAAAUUCAGAAGGAGUUCACAUCGAAUCGUAUCAAUGGACCUUUAAUAUGCCCACUGACCAUGCCACGACCUCAUUCACUGAUGUCUGGGUUCCAAAUACAGCUAUACUUGGACAGCUCAACCAAGGACUUUCUGUAGCUCAAUGCUUCGUCCACGAGAACCGCAUUCGACAAGCUGCAUCAAGUCUUGGAGCAGCAAAUUACUGCGUUCGGGAAAGCAUCGAAUACGCCAAAUCAAGAAAACCCUUCGGUCGUCCUCUCAUUUACAAUCAAGCCAUCCAAUUUCCACUCGUUCGACUUGCGACUCAAAUCGAAAUGCUUCGACUACUCAUCUACAAGACUGCAUGGCAGAUGGAUAGAACUGAAAAAUCGCGGAUCGAGGAGGUGCUCACUGAUCGGAUAGCCAUGUGCAACUAUUGGGCAAAUGCGCUUUGCUGUGAAGCUGCUGAUAGAGCUAUCCAAGUGCAUGGCGCGAUUGGGUACAGUCGCCACAAACCUUUUGAGCAUAUCUAUCGGCAUCAUAGGCGGUAUCGUAUUACCGAGGGCUCAGAGGAGAUUCAGAUGCGUCGUAUUGGUGCGAAAUUGGCUAGUCUGAACCAAUCCGGAAGGAAAUUUGAGGCGAAGCCGAAACUUUAG